UACCAGCGGGAGAGAGAGAGAGAGAGAGCAUCCUUAAAGUGAGCAUCCUCAGCAGCCCUUGGGCUCAGCUUUCUCUCCCCAGGAGAAAGACAACAUGCACUCCAACGCAACUUCUUCCCUGUCCCAGCUGGGAUACCUGAUGGGACAUUUUCACUUGCAGCCCACCAGCCAUACGAUGCCGAGUGCCGGGAACCUCUCCAAUGCUUCAGAUUCGGAGUCCAAGAUGCCCAACGAGGAGGAUCUUGAUGUGAACACAGACAUCUACUCCAAAGUCAUGGUCACCGUCAUCUACCUGGUGCUCUUCUUGAUAGGGACCAUUGGCAACUCCAUCACUGCCUAUACCCUGGUGAGGAAGAAGUCCCUGCAGAAUCUGCAGAGUACGGUGCAUUAUCACCUGGCUAGCCUGGCGUUCUCGGACCUGCUCAUCUUCCUCCUCUGCAUGCCCAUUGAACUCUACAACUUCAUCUGGAUCCAUCACCCUUGGGCGUUUGGCAACGACAUCUGCAAGGGCUACUACUUCCUACGGGACGCCUGCACCUACGCCACCGCUCUCAACAUCGCCAGCCUGAGCGUGGAACGGUACAUGGCCAUCUGCCACCCCUUCAAAGCCAAGAGCAUCAUGUCCCGAAGCAGGACCAAAAAAUUCAUCAGCUGCAUUUGGGUGGCUUCCCUCCUGCUGGCCAUCCCAAUGAUCGUGACCAUGGGAGAGGUAUACAAGGUCCCCCAAGAUCCCGACUCACUCAUCUGCACUCAAAUCGUGGAAGCUUCCACGCUGAAAGUUGUCAUCCAGGUCAAUGCGUUCAUUUCUUUCAUUUUCCCAAUGGUCGUUAUCUCUGUCCUGAACACCAUCAUCGCCAACCAGCUCAUCAUCAUGUUCAAGCAAGCCGCACAAGAAAACCAGGUGUGCACUAUCGGAGGGCAACAGACCAUGCUCAGCAUGUCCAUGGAGCCAGGCCGUGUACAAGCCCUGAAGCAUGGCGUUCGAGUCUUACGAGCUGUUGUGAUUGCCUUUGUGGUCUGCUGGCUUCCAUAUCAUGUACGGCGACUUAUGUAUUGCUAUGUGCCAGAAAAUCAAUGGACAGACUUCCUUUAUGAUUUCUACCAUUACUUCUACAUGCUGACCAACAUUCUCUUCUAUGUAAGUUCGGCCAUCAACCCGGUCCUGUACAACCUGGUCUCUGCCAACUUCCGCCAAACGUUCCUCUCCACCCUGAUGUUCAUGUGCCUGCCGUGGAGGAAGAAGAAGAAAAGAACCAAGUUCAACAGGAAGUCCAACAGUAUCUCAAGCAACCACACCUUCUCCAGCCAAGUGACCAGAGAAACCACGUACUGAGGUUUGGGCUUUGCUCAGGAAGGAAAGGAAAUGUGUCUCAGUCCAUGACAGAAGGAGAACUUGGGCUGAGGGCUCUGCCACUUUUUUUUUACAUGGCCUCCGAAUUCACCAUAGCAUGAAUGUGUUUAUUAGCUGGGUGUCAUACAUUGGAACAACUAGGUGUCUUUUCUACGAGUCAGCGUUGGGAUUCUGUUAUUGCAUUGGCCUCUGCCUGUUGUCAGUAAUGUCUCCAUGUGUUGUUGUUUUGAUCCAGCAUAGACCUCGCCUGUGACGUCAUCCAGGAAGCUGUAGCAUUUAUGGAGUCAAUGUUGGCCAACGCUUGAAUGCCUCUUGUGCUGCAGUCCAUCCAUUUCUCAGUUUAGAAGUGACACAGGGACACCCUUCUUCAUAAGAAGGGCUCACUGGCCACUGACCAGUAGUCCUGAGAUUCUAAAAGGAUCCUGAGGCUGGACAGGUGUUAGGGUCAGAUUUUGGCUUUGUUUGCUUUUUUAAAAGUGAAAAUGGGUUGUUGGCUCUUUUUUUAGGAUGGGCAAAGGGGAAAAAAACUUAUUCCAUCCAGUUCUUUAUGGAAAGAGGAAUGUAAACUGUUUAAUAAAGAAGGGCAUGCAAUACUCAGGGAAUGAGGUUAUUAUUGUAUUUUGGAAUCUGGUCUGAAUCCAGAUUCCGUAGCCAGUGUGCAAGAGAACCAGUUUGACCCUCUUUUCUUUCACAGCAGGGAAUGCUGUGGCGAGUCCAUGGUGCUAUCUUGGAUUUAGCUUUGGAGAACAGCAUUUCAGCCUUGCUUGAGCCAGAAGAUAGGCUCUCUCUUCCCUCCUCAUCCUUAUUUUAUAUGUGCCUGGUAUGGCAGAGCCUCUUUCCUUGAUCAGUGUUUCUAAACAAUGUUAAAGCAUAGGGUAUCUUUUCACAGAAGAAGAAUAAGAAUCUUGGCAAAGAGGCCUGCCAAAAAACAGCAUAGUUACUCUAAUAAACACGAUUUGUAUUUUUUUAUAUAUAUACAGUUGACACGUAUGCGGGAUUG